AUGACCUCCGCGCUGCUGAUACGGCGCCAGACCAUUGGUAUCCUGGCCAGGGAAGUCCGCGCCUCUUAUCGCACGAUACACAGCUCGCCCGUCGCUCAAGCAUCGGACCCACGCAUCGACGACCUCGACUUGGGGCACGAGUACCGCAACGAGUUCGCCGCCUUGCGAGACAAAUAUGCCACCCAUCCAGCAACUAACACACACGCCAUCACCACAGACAAACCGAAAUACCCCAUCGUCCUCGCCCACGGCCUCUUCGGCUUCGACGAGCUGCGCCUCGCGGGGCCGUACCUGCCCGGCUUGCAGUACUGGCGCGGCGUGCGCGACGCGCUGGAAGCGAACGGGAUAGAAGUCAUCACCACGGCCGUCUCGCCGUCCGGCAGCAUCGAGGAGAGGGGGAAGAAGCUGGCGGAGGUCAUUGCCGCACAUCCGGCCGUGAAGGUCGCGGAGGGGAGGGAAGGGGGGAGGGGGGUCAAUAUCAUUGCAGGACUGGAUUCGCGGUACAUGAUCAGCCAGCUGAGGCCACGCAACGUCGACGUCAAGUCCUUGACUACCAUUGCGACACCACACCGCGGUUCCGCCUUUGCGGAUUGGAUGAUGGACCAGAUUGGAGCGGAUAACCUGCCUAGGGCGUAUAGUGUGCUGAAGUUCUGCAGACUUGAGACGGGAGCUUUCGCACAACUGACCCGAAAGUACAUGCAGGAGGAGUUUAACCCCAGAACCCCGGACCGUGAGGGCGUGAAGUACUACUCGUAUGGCGCCACGCUGGAACCGGAGCGUUGGUCGAGCUUCAAGCAGUUGCACGAUCUGGUCGCGAUUUUGGAGAAUGCGCCAAACGACGGGCUUGUCAGUGUCCCAAGUAGUAAAUGGGGGACGUACAAGGGCACCAUUUCGGGAGUCAGCCAUCUGGACCUCAUCAAUUGGACCUCACGGGUCAAGUGGAUGCUUUACUCCUUGGUGGGGUACAAGCCGACCUUUAACGCAAUUGCGUUCUAUUUGGAUAUUUGCGAUGCAGACAAGCUGUCCCCCUGUUCGUCUUCUCUUCAUGCUCCGGAGCGCGCAGCGCCAUUACUGGAUGCAGAUGUUGAGAACAACGAAAUCCCACGACAUGGAAACUCGCAUCUAAGAAUUGGCGGGGCACGAAGGGUCGCUUGUCCAUUCACCAAGAAGUUUCCAUUGAUGCAGCCCAUUGAUUCAUCUUGCCUCUUCGGCUUUACUUGUACAGCGAGACUCAAGGAACAUCUUUACAGGCGUCAUAGACUCCCCGACCGCCACUGCCACCUCUGCUACGAAGGCUUUGAGGAUCAUGAAACGCUAUACAAGCACUUGUGGACGCAACAGGGCGGUAGCCAGUGCUCUGGUUCUGGGCGUACCCCCGACAUGUAUAUGCUCAAGCCACAGGAGAGGCAGCUCAAGAUGAGACAUAGAAGGGUUUGCAGCGAAGAAGAGAAAUGGAGGAACAUCUACUGCAUUCUUUUUCAGAAUGAGGAGAACACGCUGAACAGCAUCCCCUCUCCAUUCAUCGAUGACUACAGCCCUGUCGUCACCAAUCCUCACCACCAAUAUCGGCAUGGCGCAACGAACCACCCCCCGGUUUCCCCUGAGACAGAACGCAGAGUUCAGGCGGAUGACUUCCAUCACUUUGGGCAACAGCCCGGACGACGACGCAUGAUCCAAAACUUCGUCGAAGCCGAGCACAUUGACAACGGGUAUAAGAACCUGGUUGAUCAGAGACGGAAGCAUUUUCUACUGGAAGCAUCCGUACACGUCAACUCGGAGGCCGUACCCACCUCACAGCCUUCAGAUCCCGCAGAUUUUUCUUCCCCUGACGCUGAUAUGAAGCGAUCUUCGAAAGAGAAGUAUGCCCCCCAAACUUACGAGUUGGGCCAUGCGUGGAAAGCCACCUACAGCUGUCCGGCCAUUGCAUGCAAUCGUAGGGGAAUUGAGGCUUUCUACCCCGAAGACGAACUCCAAGCACACCUUCAACGUGCACACUCCCGUGAUGACCUGUGCGCAUGUCCUGCCUUCAACUGUUCAAUCCAGACGCUUCCUCUCGAUCUAAUGCUCAUUCACGUAUCGAGUCACGAAUCCAACCAACUAUCACAGUCCCUCACGGCAUUGCAACACCACCGACCCUCGCAGUGUCCUCUGGAUCAAUGCAGUUCCUGUCUAGGUGCCGAUACGGCCCAACUCUCGAACCAUGUACUAUCCCACACAGAAGAAGACCGUUCCAAGGCCCAACUCAAACUCUCCAUGGCAGGCUACAAUCAUUUGACGGGGAACCCGAUCUGCCCCAUCUGCCAUCUGGAAUCCGCCCCAGACCUAUUUGCGAGACACGUCCAUGAUCAGCACCUUAUGAAACCAGGAUCGUCCGAGAGCUCGGAUGUCUCACUUGCAUUCGAACACCGCCGCCAGAUCUUGUGGCUUUAUCCCGGAUUUUCCAAUCAUUUUAUCUUUGACGACCUCCGCGAACCCCGUGGUGCUUUGCAAAUGCCUUCCGAUUCGACCUUGACUUGUAAAAGUCCAUUUGGGUGGGGUUGCGAUCUGGAUUCCGCUCUUGGAGAAUCCAUCGUCAGCGAGGAAGGAUAUACCUGGAAUGGCUUUUUCACAAAUCUGGCGACCAUCCUGCCUGGUUCAUCGGCCUCGGAAAAUUGCUGGGAGCAUUCAAGUGCUAUCACUGAUGGAAACAUCAGUGACGAAACGGACCAGGGCGCACCUGAAGAACAGGUUUCUGCGAAAGAUGGCAACGCCCUGAAUGUGGUUCACGAGUUGUUAGCGUCCAGGGAAAACAGCUUCGUUGCUCUCCUUACUUCCAAGAUAAAAGAACGAUUGGGAUACGACGAGGAUUCCAAUUACUCGGAGACUUCCAGCGAUGAUUCUACAUCAACAGGUGAAUCAUUCAUAGCUAUCGUCGCCUGUCAAGAAGGGAACGAGGAAAACAGUCGAGCGGAUGAAUCCGCAACUCUGCGCUCAACGCGCUUUUCCUCCUCUGAGAAAGGAAAAAAGAGGACGACCUCUGGAAUUGGAGCUGACGAGGAAAAUGACGAGUCUCAAGGACGUGACUUGAAACGGAAGCGCACAAAUUCUCCGGCUGACACGUCCAAGAAUUCACAGAAGCGAUUUGCCUGUCAAUACAGAAAAAGAUUUCCUCGUAUUCCAGGAUUGGCUCCAUCCUGUUCUCAUGGGUUCUCGACCCCAGGCAGAGUAAAAGAACAUCUUUCACGAAGACAUGCCCUUAGGGAAAUACACUGUCCAGAAUGCUUUGAAGAAUUCCAGAAUUUGGAAGGCUUAGCAAGACACCUCAGACCGAGCGCUUCGGGUCAAAGUGGCUGUCCAGGGCAUCGGCCACGUCCUGAAUAUAAGUUCGGUUCGGAAGAAAGAAAAGCGCUGGAGCCAAAACAACGGAAAAACCUUCCAGACGUUGAGAAAUGGAAAGUGAUGUGGCGGAUCGUAUUCCCCGAUGCUAUUGCUCAACAAGACAUACCAUGCCCGUACAUGGACGGAGAAGACGAUUACACUGCUGCUCAGUACUCUCACAUAAUGCAAAAUCGGUUGCCUGAAAUUCUGCACGAGCGAGUCAGAGGACUGCUGGACAUGGAACGAGGGAUUCUGGAGGCGAGGGCUGAAAGCAUCAUCGAUAGAGUGCUUCCAGAGAUCAUCCGAUCCAUACGGGAAGAACUCGACCACGAGCGCGAACCUCAACCAUUUCGACGCGACGGCAUGGAGCCUCCAGUCUCCAGAAUUCUAGCUGCAGACUCAAAUACUGUCGCGACUUUGGUCCAGCUGCCUGAAGUGACCGAGAACACUGUGAUGCCUUCCAGCCAACGAGCAAAUGGAACUGGUGACGGUUCAUCGAGCAAUAUCAACCGCAUCGGAAAGCACAACUUGACUAUAGCGCGGAGCUGUAUUGGCGAGGCCAGUGAUUCCGGGUAUCAGUCCGGUUCCUUCGACAUACAAGCUUCGGACACGCAAAACCUCCAUCAAUCAGACAGCCCAUCUCGACUGGAACAGAAUGAAGAGCCUAGUACCACUGGGAUUUCUUCAGGAACAAUGCACGAUGUCUCUAUCACGGCUGAUGUAUCGCGUAACGCUUCCUUCGAACCAUUUCUGGCACCGGAACCAAGUCUCUUGGACACUCCCGAAGUAAAUGGUCCCGAGUUUCCUCAGAACUCACAAGGUAGAGGUGGGUAUCCCAUGCCACAACUUCUUGGCCCGUUGGUAGAUACAGCGGAUUCCGGUGAACAACCUCCGGGUCCAGACUUCCCUUUCUUUGACUUCGAUCCAGAUCUUGGCACGUUUGGUUUUACCUCUCAAGGUGAAAACGAGCCUUUUUCUUUUGAUGAUUUCUUCUUCGACAGCACUGAAGAUUUCAAUCUGAUUACUCAAGACUCCCAAAAUGGGAAUCCGGGCUUGAGCCAUUCCUUCCGUCAACCACCACUUCGCGGUGGUGAAAGCUCCGCCGCGGCGCAAUUGGGGCCAGGCAGUCCGAGUAUUACUGGCUUGGAUAAUCCAAGUCCCGACUGA